AUGGCGGAAGGGAAAGACGUUCCGGUUUUUACCGUGUUUCUAGAUAUUUUCAUAUUUCUAAUAGUCGAAGCGUCGUUUCUCGUACCGUAUUAUUUAAAUCUGGAUCUUCUUCCGACCCGACAUCGAGGCUUCACAUGUGACGACGCCAGCAUCCAACACCCCAAGUACAACCAAACUGUUCCCGAAUUAUACGUAUUAAUUGGAACUUUUGCAAUCAUUAUUUUUAUGAUAGGCCUCUACGUAUUUGGGGCAGGCAUGAGCUUUAUAUUCGUACUACUUACCAAGAAGAUGGUGGGAAAACUUCGACCGAAUUUCAUGGCACUCUGCCAGCCGGAUUUUUCAAAGAUAAAUUGUACAGACGGACUGAUCCUCGAUUUCACGUGUCUCGGAGAUUCAGCUGAAGCUGAAGAUGCAAGGCAAUCGUUCCCAUCGGGCCAUGCGUCAACAUCUUUCUACUGUCUAACGUUCAUUGUGAUAUACAUUGAAGCUCGACUAAUCUGGAGGGGUUCCAGGUUACUGAAAACCUUGUUACAAAUUGUCUGUCUCUUGGUGGCUACAUUUAUCUCACUGUCUAGGGUGUACGACUUCUACCACAGUCUGGGUGACGUCAUUGGGGGCGCUGUACUCGGUGUCGGCAUAGCAAUACUGAUGGCAUAUCAUGUCAGUUCAUUGUUUGGGAAAAAGUCCACCGGCAUCGAGUUUGAAGACAAGAAGCAAGAUACUAGUGUUGAGAUGUACAACUAUGUUGUUAGUAACCGAUCAACGGUACCUGCGUGGAACGAAUACACAAUGAUGGCACGUGAUAUUAGAAUCUAUAACGUGGUCAUCGACAUCGUCAUAUUCGUGAUAACAGUUGCAGUACUGGUGUUGUUUUAUUUAUGCAUAUUUGAUGUGGUGCCAUUGAGGUUUGGUUUCUACUGCGACGAUCCAGAUAUCAGAUACCCUUAUCUUGGAGACACCGUUUCGGAGCUGAUGUUGGUUGUUUGUGUUUUGCUUCCUCCAGUUGCAGUGUUUAUAAUUGGAGAAGUUUUAUUUUAUUUUCUACGAACUCGGAGAAUAGAAAGAAGACGUCAUAGAUGUUGGCCCUUUAAGUUAACGAUAAAUCCUCUACUGGUUCGCAUUUAUCAAAUCGUCGCACUUUAUUUCUUUGGUGAAACGCUGAAUGCCAUAUUCACGUUACUUGGCAAGAGGCUAGGAGGUCAAUUGCGUCCUCAUUUUCUAGCGACAUGUGUGCCUGAUUAUUCACUAUUUAACUGUUCAGAUGUGAUGAUAACUGGUGACGUGUGUACCGGCAACUCGAAGGACAUACAAGACGCAAUACAAUCCUUUCCAUCGGGCCAUGCAUCAACUUCAUUUUAUUCCAUGAUGUUUCUAGCGAUUUAUAUUCAAGCACGAUUGUUAUGGAGAAGUGCCCGUUUGGUGAAACCGUUCCUUCAAGUUGUGUGUUUGUUCGUUGCAUCCUUCUGCGCUUUAUCGCGCAUCUACGACAGACGACAUCAUCCUAUCGAUGUUUUGGCGGGAACAGCACUAGGAAUAACAAUUGCUGUUUUCUUGACAUACGCCGUAUCGGAUCUUUUUAAGAAAAAACAGAAAUUUGCUCUAGACAAGGAGGAAGAGGAAGAAGACAACGAAAUGAAAUAUUAUCGGACAUAUUAUCAACAACAUAAGAGGAAUAGGAGAUAUGAAGAAGAGCGAUAUCUUUAG